AUGGAAAUUGGUGAUACCAAUAAACCAAAGAAAUAUGAUUCCCCCAUUAUCGGGGUAUUAAUAUCUGUUUACAUUAGCACUGUAUUAAUCGUGUUGAUUUUAUUGGCCUUUUUGUUUGAUAUAUUAGUUAUAAUUUUAUUUUUCCCAAUAAUAUUAUAUAGCAGACGGUUUAGAUUGGCUAUAUUUGGUUAUUCCUUAAAGUUUUUUAUGAAAUUAGUUGUUUCCUGGUUAAAUCCAUUUUGGAAUAUUAAAGUGUUAAAAAAUUUAAAAAAAGGUUAUAAUCCAUCAAAUGCAAUAGUGUUUUCUAAUCACUUAUCAUCACUAGAUGCGUGGGUCAUCAAUUAUACCUGGUAUAAGUAUAAUAUAAAAUUCAUUUGUAAGAAAUCAUUAUUUAAAAUCCCUAUUUGUGGGCAAUUAAUAGCUUUAUCUGAUGAAGUUCCUAUUGCGUUUGGAAAAGGAAAAGGAGGAUGGGAAGUAACAAAAGAAGCAAAAGAAAAGGCUAUGACGUUAGCUAAAGAAUUUAAUGAUUUGAAAUAUCCUUUAAUGGUAUUUCCAGAGGGAACUCGUUCUAAUAAUGGAAAAUUGCAAUUGUUUAAAAUGGGAUUUUUUAAAUUUGCACUUCAAAAUAAUAUGGAAAUAAUACCAUGUGCAUUACAUGGAUCAAAUAAUCUAUGGACAGUAGGCUCAAUAUUAUUUAAAAGGGGAACGGUAUAUGUAUCAUAUGGUGAACCUUUUCGACCUACCCCAGGAAUGACUGUUCCCGAGCUAGCAGAAAAAACCAGAAAUAUUAUAUUUGAAAUGAUUAAAGAGUUUCCAGAUUAUAAUCCAAAUAUUGAUCAGUUAUCAGUGGAAUUUCCAGAAUCACGAGGCCAGGGUAUAUAA